UUAUUAAACUGAGGUUUUAUUCAAAGAUUGAAUUUAAAUUCAACCAAAUUGAUAGGCCGUAUUACUUUUACCAGAAAGGUCUACUUUCGUAGAUAUACUAUAUAGUGGGGGAAUUCUACGGUGACUCGAACAAUAAUAAGAGUUGGGUGGGAUCAUAUUUCAAUUCCACCUGUGACUCACUACACUACCAACCGGCAACGGACGCCAUUCCAUCGCUAGCGUCCCUUGUUACGAGUAUUACCAUGUUCGUGUACAGGAUCGGCUAUUUGAAUUUCAGGAUGUAACGUGUCAAUAAUCGACAUUUUCCCAACCGUUUUUACUGCUCGCUUUCAUUUCAUGUGAAUAAUGUUCGUAAUUCAGUGAUCUAGGAGAUGGAAUUGACCAGAGCAAACAAAAUGGAGCCAUUUGUAACGUUUAUUUCGUGGAUGUUCGUUUGUGUUAUUGGCCGAGCAGCCGCACAAGGAUCCUUCCCGGAUUUGUUCAACGCCGGGGAGGGCCGGACGAUUUCGACCGAGCCUCCGGUGGGUACGUGCGGCUACAACCCCAACACCGGUGAUGCUGCUCGUAGUGGAUUUUGUAGGAGUUCAACAAUAUCUUCCUCUGUUUCAUCAUGUACAAUAGCUUUAUGUGAUCAGUCUUGCCCAGGUAGAACUAAUUUGCCAUCACCAAUUGGUCUUUUAAGUUCCGGUAGUUGUAUAACGGAAGAUUUCGCAAGUACAAGACCAAACUCUGAACCAAAUGAGCCAUCAUACAUUUUUAGAAACACUCCUGAUUGUUUUUCUGCUCCCGCUGUACCAACUGUUGGUAAUGAUGGUAGAUUAACCAUUUCUCUUUGGAUUCGACCUGAUGUCACCACCGAUGGUACUAUAAUUGAGCGAAGGUCUUCAAAUAAUGACAUCAUCUAUGCACUUGUUGUAUCUUCGUCGUCUAUCACAUUUGAUUAUCGAACUGCAGAGGGCGCUAAAUUUCUCCAAAUUCAAACUGGCCUUCAGGUCAGUGAAUGGCAGCACAUUUCCGUACAGGUGUUUGGAACAAAGGCUAGUAUUUUCAUUGAUGGUUUAGAGGUAGAUGGUACACCGUUUGAAACCAUGAACCUUCAAGGUGAAAUCAUUGAUGACAGCAAUGGUCAGACAAGGAUUGGUCAGAGAAUAUCAGGAACGGAUCAGUUUGUUGGCAGGAUGCAAGAUCUGAAUUUCUAUCAGGUAACUUUGACCAAUCGUGAAAUAGAGGAACUAGCAACAGGAACAUUUCCUCAGCUCCAUGUCCAAUCGGACUGUAGGUGUCCAGACAGUCAUCCAAGAGUAAAUCCACUAGAGGAAAGGUAUUGCUUAAAGAACGGAGAGCCAGAUACAUCAGCAGAUCAGAUCAGUCGUCUGAAUCAAGACAGUCAUCCCUUACAGUUUGCUAAUGAUGGUGAUCUAGGAAGUUAUUGGGUAUCUACUCUGACCAAUGGUAGAAGUAUCACAGUGGACAUUGAUCUAGGGAGCAGGGAGUAUCAGGUGUUCUAUGUAGUGCUACAGUUCUACAGCCCUCAGCCCAUAAAUCUGACCAUCUCUCAUCGCAGCGAUAGCUCGUCUCCUUGGCAGGUUUGGCAAUACUAUGCCCAAGACUGUCAGAGUGCAUUUGGAUUGGAUAAUAAUGGAGACCUGGGCACACCAACAUCGGUCAACUGCAUUCAGUUUCCAAGUGACAUUCCGUACUCCAAGGGAAACAUCACCUUCCAGUUACUAGCCCCAGAGCCAGUAGCCCGACCAGGUUAUAAUGAUUUUUAUAAUACUCCUGAUCUUUUGGAGUUUGUAAGAGCUAAAGAGGUUCGCGUUGUGAUGGAAGGUCAUUAUCAUAUCAACCCCAAUUCUGUGAGACAUAUGUACUAUGGCAUUGAGGAACUCACGAUAAGUGCAAGAUGUGAUUGUAAUGGGCAUGCCGAUACGUGUGAUAUCACAUUAGAUCCAUACGUCUGCAACUGUCUUGAUUCAAGCUUUACAACAGGAAUUGAUUGCGGGCAGUGCUUACCUCUGUACAAUGACAAACCUUUUCGUCAUGGUGAUCAAAUCAAUGCGUAUAACUGUAAACCCUGUCAGUGCUAUGGACAUGCCUCUAGUUGUUUCUAUAAUGAAACCCUUGAUGAUUCACCAGACAGACAUGACAGGGGUGGCGGAGGGGUGUGUUUCAACUGCCAAGACAACACACAAGGACAACAUUGUGAUGAAUGCUUAGAAGGGUUCUUCAGACUUGAUAGUGUACCAUUGGACUCUAAUGAUAUCUGCAACCCGUGUGAAUGUUCACUCAAUGGCACAGUAGCAGGGGAUCCCAUGUGUGAAGAGGUGAAUGGUCAAUGUAACUGCAAGCAGUAUACAUCAGGUCGUACAUGUGAUACUUGUCAGAAUGGUUACUUCAAUCUAGAUGCUUUUAACCCUGAUGGUUGUGAGCCAUGUCAAUGCAUCUUAGCUGGUACAAUCAACUCAGAUAUCUCAUGCCAUCAACAAACUGGAGUGUGUAACUGCAAACUCAAUGUCAUAGGUGACAAGUGUGACCGUUGUAACUAUGGUUUCUAUGACCUUGCUGCUUCUAACCCAUUUGGUUGCCUGCCAUGUGGUUGUGAUCCUGAUGGUUCAAGCAGUAUCUACUGUGACCCUACCAACGGUCAAUGCCAGUGUAGAUCAUCCACCCAGGGUAGGACGUGUGCUGAAUGCCGUGAUGGGUUCUAUGGCUUGGCAUUAGGUGGAUGCUCUGAAUGCGAUUGUGAUGAUGCUGGGACGGAGCCAGGAGCACCAUGUAACAAGGAUACGGGACAGUGUGUCUGCAAGGCUAAUGUUCAGGGUGUACGGUGUGACCAGUGCGCUCCAUCCUAUUACAAUCUCCAAGCUUCCAAUUCUCAAGGUUGUUCACCAUGCUCCUGUAACACCGACGGCACAGUCAAUGGAUCAACCUCCUGUGAGGCUGUCACUGGUCAGUGUGAAUGCAAGACCAAUGUCCUUGGACGGACCUGUAAUUCCUGCGCUCCAAACACCUUUGGUCUUGAUGCAGACAAUGUAGAUGGUUGUGAGUCUUGUGGAUGUGAUGCUACUGGUACACAGACAGGAUCAAAUGGAGAGGUGUUGGUCUGUGAUCAGAAUUCUGGACAGUGCUCUUGUCUGACAAACAGACUUGGAAGAAUAUGUGAUGUCUGUGAUGAUGGGUUUUAUGUGCCCCCAUCUGAUGGGCGUGGCUGUCUGUCAUGUGACUGUGAACCAUUGAGUACAGAGCCUAAUUCAUUCUGUAAUUCAUUGACUGGUCAAUGUCAGUGUCGACAAGGAAACCCAGAUGUAACAGGGAGAAGAUGUGAUAGCUGUCUGGAAGAGUACUUCAAUUUCAACCCUAGUACAGGAAUGUGUUCACCAUGUGACUGUGACCCUAGAGGUAGUGUGAACACAACGUGUGAUUCAAACACUGGUCAGUGUGAAUGCAAGGAUCUUGUGACUGGUAGACGAUGUGAUACAUGUCAGACAUCAUCAAGUAAUCUACAGGCUUCUAAUCCCCAAGGAUGCUCAAAGACUCCCGCCCAGCAGCCUCCUCCAGUGUGGCAAGCAGUGAAUCCAUUCUCUAUCUUACUAACCUGGGGUCCUCCUGAUGAACCCAAUGGUAACAUCCUAACCUACUUGGUCUACAGGAAUAAUACUCUCGUCUAUAAUGGAUCAGCUGCCAAUCCUCUAGGUAUCCAGCAGUUUGAGGAUCAGAACCUUUCUCCCUUCACAUUCUACAGCUACUAUGUCCAGUCAGUAAAUGAAGCUGGUCGGGCUACCAGCCCCAUGGUCAUCGCCCAGACACCUGAUGCUAUUCCUGCUGGUUUUGAUGUCUUGGUCAUCACCAACGUCCAAGCACGGUCAGCAGACUUCUCUUGGUCUCAACCUGCAGAUAUAUCAGCGAGUGUGACCCAGUACAUCUUGACCUCAGUGACACCUAGCAAGCCAGACCCUCCAACACAACACUUUAGUGGUCUAGCAACCAGCUACCAGGAUACAGACCUCAUUCCUUUCACCAAUUACACCUUCUAUUUGACUGUGUGUACCCCUGGAUCCUGUGGACAGGGGCGACCCACCCUGGCUUACACCCCUAUGGCACCCCCUCAAGGAGUCAUGGAUCCUAAUGCUACUGCUCUAAGCCGGAGUUCAGUCUUUGUGAGCUGGGACCAUCCUACGGAAGCUAAUGGUAUCAUCACUCACUAUGAGCUGUUCUUCCGAGGCUAUCCUGGACCAGAUGGUAUCAUAGACCCAGCAGAGACCAGGAUCUUCUACCCUGCAGGAUGGUACAACCCUAGACCGGUCCUAACACCCCUAGAGGAUCCUGCGGAGCCACCUGUUACUAACUUCACCCAUACUGGUCUUGAUGCAUUCACUCGUUACCAGUACAGGGUGACUGCAAGGAAUCUAGCAGGAACAGGACAUAGUGGUUGGACAACCGUUAGGACUGCUGAAGCCGCCCCUCUGUCCACACCAGCCCCAUCUGUUCUUGGUGUAUCUAGCUCAGAACUUAACAUCAGCUGGUCUCAACCUCAGGAUAAUGAGAUUAGAGGUGUAGUCAUCAGCUAUAAGCUCUAUCGUUACAUUACAUCAGAUGAUCCAUUCGCUCCUCCAGAAAUACAAGAGUUGGUAUAUUCUGGUGAUGGCAAUGGUAGGUUCUUUCUAUUAGGAGGUCUUCAGCCAUACUCUAUCCAUUCAUUCUCUGUGGAAGCCUGUAACAGCAUUGGUUGUAUCCUCAGUCCUAGGGCCAAUGGGAGGACACUUCCAACUGCUCCAGAAGGACAAGGACCUCCUUUGGUAGAUGGUUUUAAUUCCACCGUCAUGCAAGUCAUAUGGAAUCCCCCUAUCAUGCAAAAUGGACCUGACCCAUCUUAUCAGGUUCAGCGUGUUGUAGCAUCACUUAGCAGGACUCCUCCACGUGUGGAGAGGGGUGCUAGGUUCACUGGUGGAGGAUACUAUCUCUUCUCGGGGAACAUUCUUCCAUUUUCAUCAUAUACUGGUAUUGAGUUUGAGUUCCGGGUAACCCGCCCCACUGAUGCCCUAUCCCCUGUCUCAGCCCUCCUGAUGUUUGCUGCCUCCGAUGGUGAACAGGAAGAGUUGAUUGUAGUCCAGUUGAGAGAGGGGCGCCCAUGGUUCAUCUUUGACCCUCAAGGGGGUAUAGCAGGUGCCACGCCCAUGGAUCAGGGUAGGACGUAUGAUGAUGGUCUGUGGCAUAAAGUCAGUAUCUCUCGAGCUGGUAGCGUUGGAAGUAUCACUGUGGAUGAUACAUACACUGGUACUGUCACAGCCCCUACAGCAUCAACCAUCAUAGGAGAAACUACAGGCCUCUAUGUGGGCGGUCUCCCUGUGAACUUUGACCUACGAAGAUCAGAAACGGAAAAUCUAGCUGUUAUAAGGACCAACCUGAUUGGGUGUUUGAGGAAUAUCCGAAUUGAGACUGCACACGUUCCUACCCCCAUUUGGAGAGAUUUGGAUUAUUCCAGUGCUUUAGAGAGAGUACAGGUUCCAGGGGGUUGGCAGGGUUGUCCCACAGAGCUGGAGAGGGGUGUUCACUUUCUUGGCAAAGGAUACCUUACCUUGCCUGAAGGUAUCUUGAAUGGAGGAAACAGCUUCACUCUAAGCCUUGAUAUAAGAACUCAUUAUCAGACUGGUCUAGUGUUGUUUGGAUAUCAUCAGACUGGUAGCUACUUACUCAUCCAAAUUGUUGGUGGUAAUUUGCAGAUCGAAGUGUCUGUUGGCUCUGGUUCACCUGUUGUUCUUUCCAUACCAAACACUGCCCUCUGUGAUGGUUUAUGGAAGAGUCUCAUGAUUACCAAGGUUGGUAACCAACUGUCAGCAUCCAUCAAUGGUGGAGUGUCUUCCGGUAUCCAGCUUUCAUCCUCAUCUCUCAUCCUUUUCUCUUCACUUCAUCUUGGUGGUGUAAGAGAUGAAUCAGAAGCAGCAGGAUUCCUUGAUGGUAUUGGUGUAAAUGCACAAGGUUUUGGUGGCUGCAUGAGAGAGUUGACCAUUGAUAGCAUUCCAGUGAACCUGACAUCUGAUAUGACCGACAUUCAUAAUAUCUACCUUGAUGGAUGCCCUCCCGUCACAAGCAGCGCCAUCCAAUGUGCCGAUCCACAAUCAGAAUCCAUCUAUCAGGGAAUCAGGAGGAAUGUCACAGAUAGUGGGCUCAGUAUAUUUACAGAGUAUCUCUACCAAGUAAUAGCUUCUAACAUUGCUGGGUCUACUGAUGGUCCAUGGGCUGCUGGAAGAACUAGAGAAGGAGCUCCUACUGGGCUGACCCAACCCAUCGAUCCAGUAUCCAUCACAGGCUAUGUUAUUCAGCUGCAAUGGCAGAGACCCUCAGGCAAUACAGGUCUACUCACACAGUACAUAUUAUCAGCAUAUAAUCAAGAUCUACCUGACAUAGCACCAGUUCAAGCUUUCUUCACAGAUACUACGAUGUCAGAGAACAUAGGUAAUAUCACUGAUGUAGUCCCAUAUACUGACUAUGAUGUGACUGUGACUGCAUGUACAGCUGGAGGUUGCUCAGAAAGUACUUCAGUUAGUGUGAGAACUAGAGAAGAAGCUCCCUCUGGUGUCCAGUCACCUGAAUCGCUUUCCAAGACAGCCCGUACCAUCGUAGCAGGAUGGGCAUUACCAGAGAGACCGAAUGGUGUCAUUACAUCCUACCAGCUUCAGGUUGAUGGUGUUACCGUCUACACAGGCACAGCACGUAACUACACACUCACAGGAUUAAGUGUCUUCAACCCUUAUAGACUUCUUGUUAUAGCUUGUACCCAGAUAGGCUGUUCAUCCAGUCAAGAGGUCAUCAUUACAACCUCUCAACUCCCUCCCUCCUCUGUCGACCCACCUACUCUAUUCCCCCGCAGUCCAAGGUCCAUUGAAGCACGAUGGACAGCUCCAUCUCAGCCUAAUGGUAUCCUACAACGUUAUGUUCUUUAUUCAUCAACCGUGAGUGGUGUUGUAGGGGAUCCAGUCUUCAACACAUCUGAUCUAUUCACCGACUUUCUACUUGAUGACCUCACACCAGGAACAGUUUAUUAUAUGUCAGUAGCUGCAUGUACUGGUGGUGGAUGUACAGUCAGUGAUCAGAGUAGUGUAAGGACAGAGGAGAGUAUUCCAGAGGGGGUACCAGCACCAAUCAUAACAGCUACUAGCCCAUUUGAGUUAGUUGUUACAUGGACUCAUCCAACACAGCCAAAUGGUGUAAUCAUCAGCUAUGCCCUGGUGCAGAAUGGCAUUGUGAUUCAAAACUCCACCGCCAUGUCUUACUCCGCUUCCAACCUUGCUCCAUGGAGUCUACAUGUCUUCAGGGUAGAAGCAUGUACCUCCAAGGGGUGUACGUUUGGGCCAGAGGCGUCUGGACGUACCCGUGAAGCCCCGCCACAGGGUAGCAUUGAUCUUACUGUGUUUACUAUGAAUUCUAGGAGUGUGAGGGCUACAUGGACCUCACCAGCCCAACCUAAUGGUAUGCUAGUCUAUGAGGUCCUCUUCACUGGUCUCUUCUAUGUGGCACCAGAAGCCAACAAUUAUGCUAUUGUAACAGAGCAAAGAGCCCUGUAUAAUGGAACCAUAGCCAAUGAGAUCGUAGAAGUUACUGGUUUGAUCCCAUACUCAGCGUACUCCAUUCAGGUUAGAGCUUAUAACACAGAGGGCAGCAUUCUCAGCAAUGAAAGGACCGUUACCAUGCCAACUGGAACACCUGAUGGUGUCCUGCCUCCUAUGUUAACUGCUACUGGACCUACGUCCAUCCAGGCUACAUGGGACGAACCCGCUAGGAACAAUGCCCCAGGAGUACCUUCAUUCCAACUCAGAUAUAGACCUGCAAACCAACCAGGAAACCAAAUUGAUGUGUUUAGCAACUCCGUACGAGUGAUGAGCUAUACAUUGACCGGUCUACAGGCAUUCAAUGAGUAUGAGUUCAGAGUGAUCGCUAUUAAUAAUGCUGGACAAACCCUCAGUGAAUGGGCUUCAGUAUUCACCAGGGAAGAUGUACCUGGUCCCAUAGACCCACCUAUGGCUACUGAUGUACAGGCCUAUUCAACCAUUGUGACAUGGGAGUUUCCUGAUACACCUAAUGGCAUCAUCACAUCAAUCAGACUCUAUCAGAAUAAUGUCCUCAAAACUACACUUCCUGGUAACGUUACCCAGUUGUUCAUUGAUGACCUUACACCAUUCACUGACUACAUGUUUAGUGUUGAGAUGUGUAAUACUGUUGGAUGUACAAGAAGUCCAGACUCAAUCACCUACACUACUCCACAAGCUGCACCUACGGGUCAGUCACCUCCGUUACUCUCUUCCCCUACGCCUACCUCUGUCCAGCUGUCAUGGUCACCCCCAUCCAUGCCUAAUGGUAUCCUAACAGGUUACCAGAUUGAACGUCGUCAUCAAGGUUUCACUGCUAUCUUCUCAGUGGUCUCUGUAGCUCCUGGUGCUCCUAGAGUCUACUUAGAUCUAUCUGCUGCCAUCACACCUUACACAGCGUAUGAAUACAGGGUCCGGGUGACCAAUGCUGCUGGGAGCUCUACUAGCCAGUGGGCCAGUGUCAUCACAAAGGAAGCUCCUCCUGGUGGUGUACGUGAGCCAUCAGUGACAGUCCUUGGACCUGAUUCAGUGAUGGUCUCUUGGGAAGAACCAGCUCAGAGUAAUGGAGAGAUCUUGAGUUAUACUAUCAGGAUGCCUGAUCCUAGAAUCUACCUAGACCAGACCAACCUCACAUCAUACACUGUCUACAACCUGGUUCCUUAUACUGAAUACUCAGUGACCAUUGAGGCAUGUACUGCAGGAGGAUGCACACAAAGUAAUCCCACCUCGGUGAGGACCGACCCCACCCUACCGUUUGGGCAGAUGUCUCCUAGAGGUGAUGCUAUCACACAGACUUACAUCUCUGUCAUCUGGUCUCCUCCUAGUAGACCAAAUGGACCUAACAUCCGUUAUGAACUCCACAGACAGAAGCUUAGACAGCCACUGAGUACAGGUCCAGUUCAAGGACUGAACUUCUGGGAGUUCAUCUAUGCUGGAGAUGAUACAACAUUCCAGGACUUUGGAUUGUCUACAUUCACCACAUACAUCUAUCGAAUCACUGUCUACAAUGACAUUGGGUCAGUGACCUCUGACCCUUCUGAUGAGGUCACAACCUUAGCUGGUCAACCAACUGUAGCAGGAACAAUCACUGCUGUGGCAAUGGACCAUAUUUCAGUCUUACUCAAUUGGACAACUCCUUCUUUACUAGAGCUUCAGGGUGAUGUUGUAAACUACUUCAUCUUGGUGAGCUCUCCUUCUAGACAGUUUGAAUUGACCUAUGACCCCAGUGUGUCAGGUGAACUCUUAACCUCACUAAUGCCAAACACAGAGUACGAGUUCCGACAAGUCAUCUUCAAUGGAGCGUUCAACAUCACCAGUCUCCCAGCUGUGACUCAGACAUUAGAUGGAGCUCCUGAAGGUUUUGCUGCUCCCCUGAUCAGUGUUCUAAGCCCAUCAGCAGUCAAUGUGAUGUGGUUACCACCGGAUCAGCCAAAUGGUGAGAUCACACAGUAUGUGAUCUAUCUAGAUGGUCAACCUCAUGGUAGUGUGGAGAGCAAUCAAUUACUCUACAUCAUGGCUGGUCUACAACCUUACACUGUCUACUCUAUACAGGUUGAGGUAUGCACAGUAUACGAUUGUCUGUUGAGUAACAUUACCGUGGUAACGACCCUUGAGAUUCCGCCAGCCGGGGUCACUGCUCCUAACCUACGUGUGCUAGGUCCUAGAGCUAUGGAGGUAUCUUGGGCCUCCCCUGCAUCACCAAAUGGAAUCAUCCUAGGAUAUGAGAUACAGCGGAGGGAAUAUCAACCUUGUUCAGAUAGACCUAGCACACCUUCAGAUGGCAGUGAUUCAAGCUGUGGCUAUGUGGAAUGUUUACGUUCAGAGAGUGUCUGUGGCAGCCAGUGCUACUCAGGGCUACAGGCCUGUUGUGAUGGCAUACUACACGACACUCAGCCAGACUACCAAUGCUGUGAUACUAACUACCUGAUGGCACCGGUCAAUGCAUCCACACCGUUCAUCUGCUGUGGUGGUCAGUUCCACAGUGAACAGGUCAACUAUGAGUGUUGUAAUGGUCAGUAUGUCCAGGUGUUCCCUGGUCAGAUCUGUUGUCCUGACCCAGAUGAGGAUAGGGUAGCUGUAGGAUCAGGUGAUGCCUGCUGUGCUGGUGUACCAUAUGAUUCAAGUGGUCCUCAGAUCUGUUGUGCAGGAGAGUUUUAUGACAGGAGUCAAGGUCUUUGUUGCAGUAACGUCUUCCAUUCUUAUGAGGGUCAGUUUGCUGAUGGGAUGAGUGGUCAGUGUUGUGGUGGGAUCAUGGUGUCUGCUACAAUGACCUGCUGCUCCGAGAGAGACAUGGGUGUGGCAUAUCUACCAAUAGAAGGGAAUGUUUGCUGUGGUACGGAGUAUGUUAAUAUGACAACAUCAUUGUGUUGCACAAGUGAGACUGGUGUAGCUGAGACCUAUACAUACGACACCCCUGAUGCUAGACAGCUAUCAAACGACCAAUGUUGCGGAUCUCAGAGGAUCUCUCCAUCUCAGGCAUGCUGUAAUGAAGUUGGUUAUCAACCUGGUUCAAGGGUCUGUGCUGAUCGGAGUUCAUCAGCUCAGGGGCAUUGUGGGAUUGGAACGGUCUGUCCAAUCAGUCAGGCUGUAUCUUCAUUCUGUGACAGGUGUGACUUUGAUACCAACAUACACACAUGCUACUCGGUUGAUGCCGCCUACAUCACUUCAUCACCUAGUAAUCCUGGUACUCCCAGUGGUUCUAACGGUCUGUGUCCUUCUGCUCUAAUCUCUAUCUAUACUACAGGACCAAAUAUAUACUCCUAUCUUGAUCAAGGUUUAUCCCCCUAUACAAGGUAUGAGUACCUAAUCUCAGCUAUCAAUGCAGCAGGAAGCUCAAACAGUGGUCUUUCUAAUGCUACCACAGAUGAAGACAUACCAUCUCAGGUCCAGUCUCCUGAAUGGUCUGUUGAGAUGGAUGUACUGGAUACUAUCCAGCUAGCAUGGGAUCCACCUCAACAACCGAAUGGUAUAAUUGUAACAUACAUCUUGAGAAGAGAUGGUAUUGAAAUAUACAGAGGAGCAGAUACAUCUCAUAAUGAUAAUACAGGCAUACAACCAUUCCAACAUUACUCCUAUAUAUUAAGUGCUUGUACUAGAGUUGGAUGUGCUGCUAGCCAACCGGUGGUAGCAGCUACCCUUCAGGCACCCCCUGGGAAUUUGUUUAACCCUCUCCUAGCUGCUCUUAGUUCUGAUAGCAUUCAGAUCUCAUGGCAGGAGCCUGGUCUUCCUAAUGGGGUAAUACAGGGGUACAGUAUCCUUCUAACAGGUGUGACAGAACCUAUCUAUCAAGGUGGACCGGAAGAUUUUCAAUUCACUCAUACAGACUUGGAUCCUUACACGGUGUAUGAGUACAGACUUGAAGCCUGUACAUCAGCUGGAUGUUCACUGAGUGAUCCAGUAUCAGUAAGGACAAUGCAAGAUGCACCACAAGGUCUUGCACAACCAACUCAUGUUGUAGUUAGUUCAACAAUCCUAGAAUUAUAUUGGUUUGAGCCUUCACAGCCAAAUGGAAUCAUCACUUCUUACAUCCUUUACCGCAAUAGUGAACUUGUCUACGCUGGCAACAAUUCUGUUUUGAUGUAUGUUGACACUGGCUUAACACCUAACACCAGGUAUGAGUAUGUGGUGUCAGCUUUGACAAUUGCAGGACAAUCAAAUAGCACCAUCCAUGUAGCACAGACACCGUUCCUUACACCAGAGGGUAUACCACCACCAACACUGACAGUGCUAUCUGCAAGGUCAAUCCGAGCAGUGUGGACUCAGCCGACUGUUCCUAAUGGUGUCAUCAGACAAUAUGGUAUUGUUAUCCUUAGUGGAACUCCGGAUGAAAGAAGAUUGGUAUCCUCAGAUGACACAACUCUAGAAGUGGAGAACUUGACACCAUACACCCAGUAUGAUAUGAGAGUUCAGGUUUGCAUUGAUACUGGAUGUGGAGUAGGACCAAGAGCUUAUGCAAGGACCUUUGAAGCACCACCAGAGGAACAGGGUGCCCCAACCUUAGUAUCCACAGGACCAAGUGUAGUAGAAGUCUCCUGGGAACCCCCUGCUAAACCAAAUGGUAUCAUCCAACAAUACUUUGUGUAUCGUAGGCAGUAUGGAACAACUCAGGAACUUCUUGUGUUUCUUACUGAAACAGAGCAGAGUUUUGUGAAUGCAGGAGGGGGAUUGGCUGCAUUUAAUCUCUAUGAAUACAGAGUAAGAGCACAAAAUUCACAAGGAACCACAGACAGUCCGUGGGCAUCCAUUAGAACUCAAGAAUCUGUUCCCAUAGGUAUCGCUGCACCAAAUCUUGUAGCUGUCAGUCCAUAUGCAGUGCAAGGCACAUGGUCACCACCCACUUCACCGAAUGGUAUCAUUGCCUACUACCGCAUUGAGUACCAAGAACGACCAAAUGACCCCACAGCCACACCUGCCGUUGUAGUAGCAGCAACAGUAGAAGCCACUGUCCUUCAAACCACAUUUUAUGGCCUGUUACCUUUCACAUCAUACCAGGUUCGCAUUGUUGCUAUCAAUGGUGCAGGAGAGACGAGUGGUCCUUGGGGUCCUGUUACAACUCUUCAAGGUGUUCCAGGUGACAUUGGACAGUUCUCAGUAGAGCAACAGUCCAAUGGUUUAGCUCUGUUAUUGAGGUGGGAUGAACCUGGACAACCAAACGGUGUCAUAACCAAUUACUUCAUAUAUGAGGAUGAGUACCUCAUUGCACCAAUAUAUACUGGACUCACAAGAGAAUAUCUCUUUAGGAGAUUGACUCCUUACACUGAGUAUGUGGUUGUUCUAGAAGCAUGUACCAGUGUUGGUUGUGGAAGAGGCAAUCCACAGACUGUAAGGACUGCUGAAGUAGCCCCUGCUAAUCAAGCUCCACCUACCCUUGGCUUUGUGAAUUCAACAGCAGUUGUCCUGAACUGGAAGGCACCUGUAGAUCCUAAUGGGGCUAUCACCCAGUAUGAUGUUAUUAGAAGAUCAGCAAGACCUGCUUCAACAGAGAGAAGGAAGAGGAACACAGAUGAUAGUGCCUUCACAGUUACAGUCGUCAUUCAUUCUGAGUACAACACUGAUGCCGAAGACUACACCUUCGUUGAUAAUUCUUUGCAACCAUAUCGUAUCUAUGAGUAUCGCAUUCGAUCCAUCAACUCUCAGGGUUCUGUAGACAGUGACUGGGUCCAGGUAGAGACUGACCAGGCUGCUCCUCUUGGUGUGGCACCUCCCACUGUUAAUCACAUCACCAAUACUCCCGGAUCACUUGUUAUUGGAUGGACACCUCCCACAGAAAGUAACGGCAUCAUCACUGGGUAUCGACUGCAGAGGAAUAGUAGCACUCCUUUCAGUUUUGAGGCAGAUUAUGGAUUCCAGUUUACAGAUAUGAAUCUUCAGGCAUUCACCAUAUAUGUUUAUACCAUCACAGUAUGUACCCAGGGUGGCUGCACCACAAGCUCAGCCACCUCCAUCAGAACUUUAGAGACAGCUCCCACAUUUGUUGAUCCACCAAGUCCAGUCGCUAUCAGCUCUAGUCAGAUCAUGGUCAACUGGACAGUACCUUCCAUUGCUAGUGGUGAGAUUGUACAGUACCGUCUAAAGGUUGAUGAUGAGGUACGAUACAGUGGUUUAGGUCUUUCUACUACCAUCAGUGGUCUGAUUGCACACCAGGAGUACACAUUUGUCCUUGAAGCUUGUACUUCUGGUGGUUGUACUGACAGUCCAGAGGCUUUAGCUCGUCCAUUUGAAGCACCCCCUAUAGGAAUGAAUCCACCAUUGUUGAGGGUUCUUAGUGCUACAGCCAUUGAAGCAAGCUGGUCUGAACCCAAUGAACCCAAUGGCAUCAUAUCACGCUAUGAGUUACGUAGAGAUGGAAAACUAGUAUAUGAUGGUGAUGCCCAAAGGUACCAGGAUUUUGGUGAUGGUGGAUUAGGACUAACCCCAGGUCAGCAGUACUCCUAUGUCAUCACAGCCUUCAACAGCCGGGGUCAUGCUAUAAGUGAUGCAGCCAUAAUUACUACUUCUUCAUCCUCACCAGCUGGUUUGAGUCCACCAUUUGUCACCCCUUUUUCUUCACAAAUCAUCAGUGCCACUUGGCAGCCUCCAGCAUUUCCUAAUGGUGAAAUCCAAAACUACACCCUCUAUGUAGACAACAAUAUUGUCUACGCUGGAAGGCUAUUUAGCUUUGACAUCCGGGGCUUGGACUUCUACACCUUGUAUGAGAUCCGUGUAGAAGCUUGCACCACUUCAGGUUGUGCUCUAAGUGAUAGUGUGGAAGCAAGAACCUUUGAGCAUACUCCUAGUGAUCAGGUAGCUCCUUCUCUGGAACCUUUGGCCGACAACCUUGGCAUUGCAAGUGGUAUCCGGGCAGUUUGGAAUGCACCAAGUAAUGAGAAUGGCAUCAUCCUUGGCUAUGAACUCUACCGGAGGAGUGUGGAUCGCAUGACAGGAAGGAGAUCUGACCCAUCCUUGUUGAUAAACACUACCCUGAGGGAGUAUGUAGACAUGGAUCCAUCACUGAUACCUGAUGAAACAUAUGAGUACUUGGUAGUAUCCUUCAACUCUGUAGGAGUUGCAUCCAGUCCCUGGGCCUCUGUCAGGAUGCUGGAAGCACCACCACAGGGUCUCUUGCCACCUCUGGUGUCUGAACUAGAAGCAACAAGUCUAAGCCUGACUAUUCAAGAACCAAGUCAGCCAAAUGGAGCCAUCCAAAGAUAUGUCAUCUACAGGAAUGGGACUGUGCUAAGCCAGACAACACUAACCAGCUAUAGGGAUUCUGAUCUCCUCCCAUACACCACCUACUCCUACUCAGUAGAGGCUUGUACAUCAGGGGGAUGUACUACCAGUGAUGCGGUUACCGUGACAACCAUUCAGAUGGCACCAAGUGGACUGGAUUCUCCCGUUGUACUUCAAACUGAUUCUACAUGGAUCCAACUGAGCUGGGAUUACCCAACAAACACUAAUGGAAUUAUUACUAAGUUUCAGUUGCUCUUCCGAUCAGGUUGUCCUCUCACAACCCAGCCUUUUGAGCAGACCUGUCCCUUUGAGGACUACAGUUCUAUUGAUAAGGACCUGGCACUCAUUCAUAAUGUCACUGGUCUGAGACCCUAUACCCGUUAUGAAUUUGUGGUAGUAGCUUUUAAUGAUGCUGGUCGGGUGGAGUCAUCUCCAGUUCAAGAAAGUACACUUUCAGCAUUGCCUGUGUUUGUGAGCAGUAGCAAACCUUCCAUCAGUAGCAACACUAAUAACAGUCUAAUCACAGUCAACUGGGCUCAGAGCUUUGUACUCAAUAGUAUGCUCAGAGAGUAUAUCUUAGUAGAGAAUGGUGAUACCGUCUACAGUGGGAUAGCUACUACAGUUACAAGGCCUCUAAAAGAUACAGAAUAUGAAUUCAUAGUGAGUUGUGUUACAUCGACGGGCAGUGUAUCCUAUCCUACAAUCAUAUAUCAGCCUCCAUCUACUGGUGGACCUCAACCAGAUGCCCAAACCCAGUGGUAUAGCUCUGUAUGGUUCAUUGCUAUCAUGGUCUUACUGGGCGUGGUCAUCAUCUUCAUCCUCAUCGCCAUUGUCCUGAGUCGCACCGGAACACGCAAGCCUUAUGCAAGAGAGAGGACUCCUCUACCGCCAAGACAGAGGAAAGCUCAUAACUUCACCUUCUCUUCUAUGUUACCCAGAUAUCCAGAAUCAGAGAGUAUACUGGAUCCAAUCCCUCAGGCCAUCAGUCGACAUUCUAGUAUGCACAGCUUACACAAUACAUAUUAUAACCCAGCAUUCCCUGCACCGUCACCGCCCCGUCCUACUAGUAGAACAUCCGAAGUCAUGGAUAAGAACUCUCUUAAAUACCUUGAUGAUGAUGAUGGUGUAGCUGCUUGGGAUAAUACUACACCUCUUCCUCCGAAGAUGGAUUCAGGCAUGGUUAGCUUAUUUGAAGAUGAUGCUAUGACUCAUAUCAGCCAACCAUACAGCUAUACUAAAGAACAGACUAUGUUUACUGACACACAUUUAUGAUCCACAAUUACAAAUAUUUAUCUCCAAGACCAAUUUUUUCAUAAAUGUUUGUAUUUGUUUGAGUGAGAUGUAAUAAUAUUGUAGAUAAAUAAUCAAUUAAAUUGGUUUGAAUAAAGAUGUGAAAUUGUAAUUGUAUGAAUUUCUUAUUGAUUUAUAUUUUAUUUGGGCUGAUUUAGGUUUGGAGGAAAGAACUGAAAUACAAAAUAAAAUCCAAAGUCUCAUUUAUUUGAUUGCUGGUUUAAGAUAUCAUAACUAUGUACUAUAUGUUUGAAGUACGCUAGUAAUAGUGUACAUACA